AUUUAAUAACUGAUUCCAAAUGCACAUUGAACAAUUGCCUCUGGAAGCUCUUGUAAAUAUUUUUUCCGACCUUAAUUCUAGUAGACGGUUACAAUGUGCUCUUGUUUGUAAGACCUGGAAAGAACCUGCACUGAAACUCCUGCAUCAAAAUUUAAAACUUGGAGAUCGACAUCGUAGUCUUUUAAAGAGACUACUCAAGUUGGACACAAAAGAACGCGAUGAUUGUUUCAAAUAUGGUGCUCAUGUAAAAACACUUCAAUUCGUUUAUUCAAAUAAAAAGUACAUGUCCUCCCUAAACCGUUCCCGUUGCGGGUUUAAUUCUGAUGCUUCAGACAGCGAUUUUGAAAACUAUACAGGCGGUUUUGACUAUGAUUUUGAUGACUACGAUUCCGAUUAUGACGCGCCUGUAGAAUUCAACGAGAAAGAAUUCAUGUCAUUGAUGGAAUACUUUCCGAAUCUACUGAUUUUAGACGUCGCCGGCAACAAACUUUACAAGAGGUAUUUCCGGUAUCUGCUUGAUUCCAAAUCAGACAAGUGUUUGAAUCAAAUCCAAGUUAUUACUGCUCCGAAUAUGUCCAUUUACAAUCCAGGCUCAUACAAUGCACAUUUUAAUUUAUGCUGCCGGUACUGCGAGACUAUAACCAGCCUGGAAAUUCAGGAUUAUUGUGAUAAUAUGGAUAUGGGAUAUAUCUUGGAUCUUUUCCCCAGAAGUACACAAACUCUCUUAUAUUUGGAGGAAUUUCCCAAACUAAAAAGUUUGAAAAUACUUCGUGGCAGCGCAACAAGUAUCACGCCAUUUCGGCUACAAGAAGCUUGUCCUAAUUUGACAUCACUCAACUUUGGUAUCCACUCUUAUAUGGUACAAGAUCCGAAGAAUUUUUUGCCUAUCGAUCCCGCCUUUCAGAUCAAGCAGAAUGACCUAGAAAGUCUGAUUCUUGGUUCAACAAAUAUUCCCGUAGAAUAUAUACAAUACCUGAUCGAGUGUAAUUUUACUCAGCUGAAUACACUCAAGUUGAUAAUGUCUAGAGUAGACUUGUAUACUUGGAUAAACAAAAUUGGUCUGGAAAAUGUACUGAAACUUGCUCGACGAUUAAGUACAUUGGAUUAUACCGAAUUAUCUUUCUAUCCCAUGCAUACUAUCAGAGAUCGCCCAGAGAUGAAGGAAACAAAAAUGACUACUUUUUUUAGAUUGGUUAAUGCAUUCAAAGGAAAGAAAAACACUUUUUGUACAAUAGAUAUUGCCGAUGAAGGCAAACAAAAUCUCGCUGACCGCAUGAUGUAUGACCCGGUGAAUGGACUACGACUUUUUUAUGGUUUAGAACACUCAACAAAUGAUCUUCCAGAAGAAAACCGCGUCAUUAAGCGUAAAACUAUAACAUCUACUAGUUUUGUUUUGCCAAAUAUUAGCAUCUCAGGGAUUGGAUUAGAAAUUAUCAAUAACUUUAAUGUUACUAUAUACAAUACUGGAACAAACUAUAUGUUUCUCUUCGUGCAGUACGCAUUGGUUAAUUGCCCCAACCUCGAGAUUUUAAAUGUCGUGAUGGCUCAUAGAUUUAAUCACUACAUUACCAUUGGUAGGGACGCGAAACAUUCCUAUUUGACAAAACAAAAGCAUCAUCUCACAGCAACCACCACAAAAAAAAACUUGAAGUCAAUCAGAACAAGAUGCAUCACUCCUGAUCCAAGUUUUUACCGGAUGAUUGGUCAUUAUUUACCAGGAAUUGAAACCAUUGUAUGCACUGAUUAUGUUGGUUAUAACAAAAGAUCAAUACCAGGUACGUUUGAUCUGCUUGCUUUUAAAAACUUAAAAACUUUUUACUUUGAUACUGGAUUUGUUUCUCCAUCCAAAAUUGCUUCUGGGUACGUUCGCUUCAAUUACACAGAUGGUUCUGCGGCUAUGUACUAUUGUUCUAGUACAUCUUUUAGAGCUGAGGACGAUGAUUGUAUACGCAAGAAUGCACAAAGGCACAUGCUGACUAUUGAAUGUGAAAAGAAUAUUAGAAUAAUUGUUGGCACUAAAGCUUUGUGCGGUGAUGUUAUCGCAGAGAUUGAAAAUGGGAUUCUUCUUGAUUAUGUACAUAUCGAUUCUCACAUUUGUAAUAAAUAUUGAUUACUAAAGACUUCUAAC